AUGACAGCUCCAAGACGUGGUGAUCCUGACUUUUUAUUAAGAACAAUUGAGUCAUACCUGAGUAACUUUCCUAAUAAACCUGAAAUGGAAUCAUUCUACACCAGAACUCAAAUGAUCAUUUAUACUCAUUUCACGAAUCAUACUAUGUUUGACAAGGCUCGUGCAAUCUAUUCAAAUAAUUUCAAAGCUCAAAAUUAUUUAAAAUUUCAUCGUGAAGAAGGGUUGGAAAUAAAUCAAAGACUUCACGUUUCGAAAGCUUUACGUUUAGUUGCUGAAAAUUUUAAAACGACUUAUGUUGCUUUGAUUGAAGAUGAUUUUCCAUUAUGUGAAGAUAAAUGGCAGGAAUUCUUAACUGUUGUUUAUAACGCCAACGUACAAGUACCAAGGCAUUGUGGAAUAUUUGUUGGUACUGGUGGAAGAUUGGACGUACCACCAGAUAUAUUAUUACAAAAUUGUUUGUUAGGGGAAAUCAAAGGAUGCGAAGAAUGUUCAAAAACUUUGGUCACUUCAAAAACUUUGUUGAUGUAUCAUUUGGGUUAUAACACUUCAACGAGUCCUGAUCGUAUAUAUCACAAACAUGAAUUCCAAUGUGGUUGGAGGCAUCCAUUCGUAAGCGUUAUUUUUUUUAAAAAAAAUUUAUUUUUGACAAUAUUAAAAUAA